ACGGCGACGGCAGGCUGCUUGUUUGGAUGCUGCCGUCACAUCAUGGCGACGCGCGGAGCCGAAGCAGCGCGCGGAGGAGGCAGUAGCAACAGCACUGUAGGGUCCGGACGGAGCCGGCGCCAUAGCCUGGGGCAGCGGGAGGAGGCGGCGGUGGCAGCGCGGGGCAGCCCUGAGUUUAUGAUUGGUACAACAGGUGAAGCUGGAAUUUGUGAGAUCGGAAUGAAUACCCAGGAUCAGUUGAUGAACAGCAAAUGCAUUGAAUCUGACACAACUUUGCAACAUCUGCAGUCCAAUUGUGAUGGCAUAGAAAGUACAGGUGCAUUGGAAGACGAAGAUUAUAUCACAAAAAAUAGAAAGCCAGUGGGUUCAACGUACUGUACUCAAGAAUCACGUGAGGAGACUCCUGGGAGAGAAGAAGCCCGUACUGAGCCACCUGAUGGCCAACAAGAUCCGGAGACUGAAAAAAACAAAGAGAAAACCUUAGGAAAAGAAGUACUGUUAUUGAUGCAAGCCUUGAACACACUUUCUACUCCAGAAGAAAAGUUGGCAGCUCUCUGCAAGAAAUACGCUGAUCUUUUGGAGGAGAGCCGGAAUGUUCAAAAGCAGAUGAAGAUACUGCAGAAGAAACAAGCACAGGUUGUGAAAGAGAAAGUUCACUUGCAGAGUGAGCAUAGCAAGGCCAUUCUAGCACGCAGCAAACUGGAAUCUCUGUGCCGGGAGCUUCAGCGUCAUAACAAGACUUUAAAGGAAGAAAACAUGCAGCAAGCACGUGAAGAAGAGGAGAGACGUAAAGAAGCAACUGCACAUUUCCAGAUUACACUGAAUGAAAUUCAGGCCCAGCUGGAACAGCAUGAUAUACACAAUGCCAAGCUCCGCCAAGAAAAUAUUGAAUUGGGGGAGAAGCUGAAGAAACUAAUUGAACAGUAUGCUUUGCGGGAAGAGCAUAUUGACAAAGUGUUCAAGCAUAAAGAAUUACAGCAACAACUGGUGGAUGCCAAACUUCAGCAAACAACACAACUUAUAAAAGAAGCCGAGGAAAAACAUCAGAGAGAGAGGGAGUUUCUAUUAAAAGAAGCCACUGAGUCCAGACACAAAUGUGAGCAGAUGAAGCAGCAGGAAGCCCAACUAAAGCAGCAGCUUUCUCUUUACAUGGAUAAGUUUGAAGAAUUCCAGACCACCAUGGCAAAGAGCAAUGAACUUUUUACAACCUUCAGACAAGAAAUGGAAAAGAUGACCAAGAAGAUAAAAAAACUGGAAAAAGAGACAAUAGUGUGGCGUACAAAAUGGGAAAACAACAACAAAGCUCUUCUGCAAAUGGCUGAAGAGAAAACAGUUAGAGACAAAGAAUACAAAGGCUUUCAAAUAAAACUGGAGCGUUUGGAGAAGCUGUGCAGGGCUCUUCAGACGGAGAGGAAUGAGCUGAAUGAGAAGGUGGAAGUUCUGAAGGAACAGGUUUCUGUAAAAGAAGCAGAUGUGGAUCUAGCAGUUGAGGUGUUGCAGUCCUGCACACUCAAUUCCCAUGAGGAGCUGGGAACUUCCACUGAUACAGAACCAGGAAUCCAAUCAGAUGCUGAAUCAAGUGCAGCAAAUGAAGGAAAUGGCUCUGAAAAGACUGUCUCCACGAGUCCUGUUCCUGUUGACUAAAAUGAAGCGUAAACACUGUAUUGAGAGAUAUAUUUUGUGUAUAACUUUCUCUGUUGGUGGUAACUAUUGGUUUUGUGGUGAAAAUUUUCUUACUUUUUCUACCAUAUAUGUAUUUUCUUAGAACUACUGGACUUAUGUGGUACAGGAAGCUGCAUAGCAGCUUUGAAUAGCGUAAUCUAUACAUUUUCCACAACUGUGUUGCACAUCUGCCUCAUUUUAAAAAAAUAUUUUUCCAUAAAGAAUGCAUGUGCAUUUCCUCUCCCCUAAACACAAAUCUCACCAUGUCAGUUAAGACUUGUGUACAGAUUUAACAUUUCAUGGGGAAAAGUGACAGGAGUGUCACUUCAUUGGUUUGAAAAUAACAUUUUGCUUCUGUUAACUGAACUAAGGUUUGGUAUACUAAUGUAAUUACCAAACUCUUCAGUAAAUUAUCUACAUUCAUCUAAUGGCCAGUAGGAACUUCAACUAUCUCACCUGAUUAUAUAUGAAAAUAAGGGUCCAGAAUAUGAUCAAGAAUAUUUUACAGGGUUUUAGUGUAGUUGUGGUAUGACAAAAACAGCUUUCAAAUAUACAUACUUUAAUUUGCAGCUGGUAAAACAGGGUGUACAACUUUCUUGCAAACUUCUCAGGGUUGUGCUCUAAGGUUAAUUCAUAGACAGACAGACUGUAUUUGCCCUCCCUGUGAAUGUGUUCAAUUUAACUUGCAAAGAAAGCAUACAGGAAUGAGUGUUUAUGGAGUGAAGUUAUCUGUAAUGGAAUAUACACAACUGCAGAAGUGUUAGUCAUUUUAUGUUCCUUAACAUGAAGCCUCAGCAUUGCAGAGAAUUCAUAAAAUGAUUAUUUCUGAUUAGAGAAGUUGUAUUAAAUCUGGAUAUUUUAAAACAAGGAGUUCUUGUAGAUACUUACUGCAUUCAGUGCUUAAGACAUCAAUCUUUGGUUUGGAUGUUCUUUACUUAGCACUGUAUGCAAUAUAUUUAAGGAUCUGUAAAGAACACAGUUAAUAUUUGAUCAUGUGGAUUCAAAUAUAUUCCCAGAGUAAAACAUUUAACUUGUCACACACCUAACCUGAAAAGACACUGAUCAGCAGACAGAGUGCCUUCCUGGUACCUACUGCUUGUCUGGUAAAAUUGGUAAUUCAGAGGUUUCAUGUUAAACUAAUAUGCCAUAAGUAAAAAAAAAAAAAAAAAAAAAUUUACAUUUUAAAAAAAUGUAAUGGACUGCAGUUGUGAGCCUUAGUGUUUCAUUUUGAAAACUUGGGUAUCAAAUUUUUAAGGGAACUGUUCUCUGGGACAGGCUGGGACCAACAUUUAUUUUUAGCAAGGCAGGUAAUGUAGGCAGGUCAUGUGUUAAGUAACAAGCUACUGUUAACUUUAGCCCAUAUAUGUUCGCUUUCUAGUUUCAGUCACUUUUAUUUUAAGAGAUACAAACGUGUAGCUUUUUCUGGUACUUAAUGUUCUUUGCACUUAACUUCAGUGGGGGAUUUCUGAACCAAGCACAUAACUUUCAAUGAGCUUCCCUCCCCGCCCCCUUUGUUCUUUUUGGCAGUUUAGUGGCUAAAUUACUUGAAUGUUCAGGCUGCACUGAGCUCUUGAUCCCUUCCCUGAUGUAAUGAUGUACAUUAAAAUAAUGUAGAUGUCUUAUAAAGAGAAUAAGGUUGUAUAAAGCCUGAUAAAUGUGUUUUAGCUCAUACCACUGAA